CUUUUGCUGAAGAACUCGAAAGCAAAGCAGCAGCUGCGCUCGCAUUCUUCUCUCUGUCUCUCUAACGCGCGCAGCUCGCAGAAUGGAUUCUCAAGUAAAGCUUGCAGUGGUGGUGAAGGUGAUGGGCCGCAUAGGUUCAAGAGGACAAGUGACUCAGGUCAGGGUCAAGUUCCUGGAUGACCAGAAUCGACUCAUCAUGAGGAAUGUGAAGGGUCCUGUCAGGGAAGGCGACAUCCUUACCCUGCUCGAGUCUGAAAGGGAAGCAAGGAGGUUGCGCUGAGCAAGGUUUUGUUUCCCCGAGGUUUUGUUAGGUUUGUUUUUCAUUCAUAUGUUCCGUUUGGCUUUCUGAAAUGCUUUGAGAUGGGUGUGUGUGUGUGUGUGUGUGUGAGAGAGAGAGAGAGAGAGAGAGAGAGAGAGCCUAG